GGAGGGGAGGGAGCUAAGGGCUGAUUUUUAUCUUUUACCGGAUCGAGAAGGGGAGGGGGCACGGAGAAUGAGUUAUUCUUGUAGCAGCACAGAGCCUGUUUGCUGCACGGUGUAUUAGCCAGCGCGCAACUAAAGGCUGCGACGCAAGUAAAUCGGCCCCUGCGGCGACGACGCCGAGAGCAGCAGAAAGCCCCAGCUCCUGUCAGGUUACGCACCGAGCAGCCCUCUUCUGUUGGACAUGAAAGUGCAGCAAGGCUGCAACUCAUCAGACAUGGGGAUCCCGGUUAGAACUGAAGAAGAAUUGCGCAGAAAUACCGUAAUAACGCCCGAUGAUGUGCUCGGGCUACAGAAGAUCACCAAGAAUUAUCUUUGUUCUCCAGAAGAAAACGUCCACAUGAUCGACUUCACCAGGUUUAAGAUCCGUGACAUGGAGACGGGGACGGUCCUGUUUGAGAUUACUAAACCUCCAACACCAGCCGGAGGCAGAAAGCACUGUGACCCCAACGCUGGCCGUUUUGUCCGAUACCAGUUCACCCCAGCCUUCCUGCAGUUGCGGCAGGUCGGAGCAACAGUGGAGUUCACAGUGGGAGACACACCCAUCAACAACUUCCGCAUGAUUGAGAGACACUACUUUCGUGAUCAGCUGCUGAAGAGCUUUGAUUUCGAGUUUGGCUUCUGCAUGCCCAGCAGCAAGAACACGUGCGAGCACAUCUAUGAGUUCCCCGCGCUGUCCGAGGAUAUCAUGCGCGAGAUGAUCCUGCACCCUUACGAGACACAGUCUGACAGCUUCUACUUUGUGGACAACAAGCUGGUGAUGCACAACAAGGCAGACUAUUCCUACAGUGGGGGGCCAUAGGAAGACCGCCCUCCACCCUUUACUCCUCCCUGUUCUAGACAUUUUCCAUGUACCACUUCAGGACCAGAAGCAGAUGAACUAACGGACAGUUCACUGGCAUUAAACGCUCUUGACUCACUCCUGUUAACUCCAUAAAUUUCCAUUCAGGUAUUCAGCUGCCAGACCAAUAGAUUUCUCCCUUUGCCUCUUUGCAGGAACAUCGAAUUCUGCCAGUUUUAUCAUCACUUUGCAUCAGUGUGUGUGAGCGAGUGUGUGGGCAGCAAACACAUGCAGUGUCUGUACAUACUGUUGAUUUCAGUCUGUAUAUGUGGGUUCCACUUGAUCAUCAGGAAGAUUCAUUUACAUUUUGUGCGUUUUGAUAGCUAUUAAUAGAAGAGAAAAUGGCGACAGUGAGUCAGAAACACACCAUGAGACAAUGAGAGGAAAGAAGUUACCCUAAAAAAAAGUUUAAUAAUAAUAACUAAUCCAUUCAGAUGCACAUUUAUAUAGUUUGUAUAGGAAGCUCAUUACAUUCUAACUCCUGAGGUUUCUUAAAUUUCUAGUAGCACAUGUCCGAAUGAUCCAUUCUGUCAUCGUUCGUUUGAACGACAAACAGAAAUGUGUACUUUGUCUAUUUAAAUGUGUCAUUUGUCGUAUGUUUCCAUGUAGUACUACUACUUCAGGAGUAUUUUUUAAAUGAAUAGCUAGCCACUUUGAAGUGUCAGAAAACCUUCAUUAGCCAAAAGUCAGAUACCAAUUUUGAUAUCCAGUACGUUCUCUGUAGUACUGAACACUGUGUAUACUUUAAUUAUGAUAAAUGUUUUAAGUAUAAAAUUAAAAAGUGUGUAAAGUUUUGACAGCGGAAAUUCCAUCACUGCAAUAAAUAUGGGAUUUUUUCGAA